UUUUGUAUAUAAAACAAAAAUAAUAAAAAUAAAUAAAUAAGGAAGUAGCUGGGUGGUGUGUAAAUGGUUUUUGGUGAAAGCCCUUAAAUAUUAAUAUUGAUUUUGAAAAGAUUACCUCGAUCCAUAUGGGGAGAGGAAGAGUGCAGUUGAAGAGGAUUGAAAACAAGAUCAAUAGACAAGUCACGUUUUCAAAGAGAAGGUCUGGUUUGUUGAAGAAAGCACAUGAGAUCUCUGUGCUUUGUGAUGCUGAAGUUGCUCUCAUCGUUUUCUCUACUAAAGGAAAGCUUUUUGAGUACUCCAGCGAUCCUUGUAUGGAAAGAAUUCUCGAACGAUAUGAAAGAUAUUCGUAUACGGAGAGGCAGCUUGUUAACAAUGAUCAGGCCCCAAAUGAAAAUUGGGUUCUAGAACAUGCAAAACUCAAGGCUAGGAUGGAAGUACUUCAGAGAAAUCAAAGGAAUUUUAUGGGAGAGGAUUUGGAUGGCUUAAGUCUCAAAGAGCUUCAGAAUUUGGAACAACAACUUGAUUCUGCUCUCAAACACAUUAGAUCAAAGAAGAACCAAGUUAUGUAUGAAUCUAUUUCAGAACUUCAGAAAAAGGAUAAGGCACUCCAGGAACAUAACAACUUGCUUUCCAAGAAGAUAAAAGAAAAAGAGAAGGAACUUGCUCAAGAGGAGCUGCAAAAUAGUAUGGAGGUGAAUCCAAUUGAAACUCAAACAUUGGAAUCCAUGACUACUGGAGGGUCUCUAGAAGCAAAAUGCAAUGAAGAAAGUGCAGCACAAACUCGAGUUAGCGCCAGUAUUCCAGCUUGGAUGAUUCGUCCUAUAAAUGAAUAGAAGACACUGUACUAUGCAAUUUUCUUGUUAAACACAAGUACAGCUUUUAGGAAGAAGCCUAUAAAUAUAUUUCACCAAUAUAGGCCUAUCAUGGGUGAUCACUCAAUUUAUGGACUCUAGUUGUGUAAUUAUGUAACAUGCCUCACUGGAUUUCAAUCUUUCUCGCUGGCCCAUAUAUAAAUAUACUGUACUUCCUCUUCAAUCAAAUAAAAAUACAUAUUUUUAAAGUA